UUUCAUGGCUGCCAAACAUAGUUGUUAUUUUUCAAGAUCUGAUUAUUAAUUUGUCGUUUAGAUACUUAGUACUUGCUAAAGCAAUGGAUCGUCUUGAGUGUUAAAUCAACAUGUUAUUGGUAUAUCCAUUGAAUCAACGUCAUUUAAACUAAAAUUGCAAUGGGUAAAUCUCGCAAGAAAGUUGGCUGUGGAUCGUCAACUGCAGCAGGUGUGUCACUUUGAAUCGGGAAAAAUGAUCCCUGGCUAGGUUUCAAAUCUACGCCUUUCCGGAUUUUGUUAGAUAAUUAUGUCUGACGUGACCAUGGACUACUCUGGUGAUGCAUCACAAGCCGACGAGGCUAUUCAGAGCCCUGAAACUUGUGUGCCCAAAUCACCAAGUUCACCGUUAUUACACAGCAAAGUAAAGUCAGAGGAUAGCAGUGACUUUGAAACCAAGCAUAAAACCCCUGAAGGAGGAAGACUUCAAUUCUACUUUGAUGGAAAAAUAGUUUUGGAGUUGAACGAUCGGCGGGAAAACGGGAAAACGUGGUGGGUUCCUGUGACGCAAAAAACGUAUUGGCCCCCUCCCCCACCAUCGUGUUCCACGCCGGGAAGUACUGUGCGCCAGGAGAGCAGUGCAUCUUUUAGUGUCAGUGAUGAAUCAUCUGUUCAAUCUCAGUCGUCACCGUGGCUAAGAGAAACUCGAUGGAAGAAUCCCAAUCCUAUGAACAAACGGACAACCAGUGAUGUAGAGGGAUUUAUGUUUGCCCUUAAAGGCCGUGAACGAUGUCGAUACCAGUGGAGUCAACGACGAAGACCUUUUCGCUCGAUAGAGCAGUGUCAUGUGGGACCCAAUUCCGAGUGUGACCAAUGUAAAGUCGGCUGGAGAAAAAAGAGCUCGGCUCGGCCAAGCGUGUCUGCGAUCACUUCGCGCCUUCUCGAAAAGGCACUUUCAAAGAAAAUGGUGGCGAGUGCGGCGCCAAUAGAGCGAAUCGAAACACUAGUUUCGCCGAGGAAGCGUCUCCUACGUGACAUGGAAAAAGUUCGGCUCCACGAUAAAUCGUCCAGUCCAUCUUCUAGUGUUUUGAAGAAAGCCAAAGCACUCAUGCCAGCCACACCUUUACCGACGCAUUCGGCUGCCGCAAUGGCCGCAGCUGCGGCGGCUGCAGUGGCCCAUUCUCUCCAGCCAAGCAAAGUCUAUGAUCGCCAAAGCAGCUACAGCAUCGAUUCCUUGCUCAACAAGGAGCGGCAGGAAGAAGCAGCAGCAGUGGCUUCGUGCAGUUCCUCCUUUCUUCGCUCGCUGUUACGGAAAGCUCCUCCGCUAGCCGCGAAUAAUGUCCAGGCUGUCAAUGGAGUAAGAAACAAGAGCUUGGUGUCCCAUCAGCGAAGGGACGGGGCCAUUUCGUUAGCUGGCGGUUCGCGCCCCCUUCAACCACCUGUAUGGUUGCCUUACCCUGUAUCAGCAUUUCCUCCUCCAAAUUCUUUGGCUCCAGGAUCGUCUGCAACUCUGGCAGCCCGACCUGGUCCAAGCUCCUCUCGAAGAGAAAGCCUGGGCAACCGAUUACCACGGGUGCCCACGCCGCCUGAUUGUAACGAUGAUGACGACGAUGUCCCGCUCAAUUUGACCAUUAGACGAGCUCGAGAGCACUCCUAAUUUCAAAGUUUCCUUUCUCAAUCUUUUUAUCAAAAACAGUCGGUUUCUUUGUUUCUCCAGUGGAAAUCUCGUCCGGUCAACAUGUACAUUUCUUUGCUCUCUAAAAUAAAUCCCAACCCGUUUCAUCGUACUGUUUCUCCUAAACAAAAAUAGAAUGAAAAAUGCUCUUGUUACAUUGACCAGGGAAUCUCGUUUGUACUCUGCCUUCCUCUCUUCAUUUUUU